CCUAAAAGGUCAACUGGAAGUCACGCUUGUUAACUCCUUGUUGUUUAUAGGCUAUUAUUUUCAUGCCUCUAGAGUGUGUCAGCCUGUCAACCUGUGUUCCUCUGUAGCUGGUCCAGAGUCUGGAGAUGCUGCAGUUGCUGGGGGUGAACAGAGUUGUCAUCUACAAGACCAGCAACAGUCCUGAAACGCAGCGCAUACUGGACUACUACACACACAAAGGUUUAGUCGAGGUGAUUCCCUGGCCCAUGACCAGAUUUCUGCACGUAUCUCGAAGCUGGCUGCCUCAGUACGAUCCAGGUGACAUCCACUACUUUGGCCAAAUUCCCGCUCUCAAUGACUGUCUGUACAGAUAUAUGUACCAGUCCAGGUACAUUGCCCUGCAGGAUGUGGACGAGCUGAUUCUGCCACAGUCAGCCAACAGCUGGUUGGAGCUGUUGCCCCAGCUGGAAAAGCAUUACGGCCGUGAUCGAUGUUACAUGUUUAAGAAUUUCGUGUUUCCCACCACCGUCGCUCGGCCUCCUCCUUCCCCCGACAAUCUGACCCUCUGCUGCCCCAGCUGGAAGUUUGUGCCUGGGCAGAACAUCCUGCACCACCUGUACCACGAACCCAACAGUAAAAUUCAUUGGAACAACUUCAAGAUCAUAGUGAACCCUCGAGCCGCGGUCACCCUGACCGUCCACGGAGUGCUGAAUCCAGGGAAUCUCUGCGCGUGGGUGGACAGGAGUAUCGCUCGCAUGUACCACACAAGAGCUGCCACAAAACCAAAGCUGACGCCGGACAAACUGGUUUAUGACGGCCGACUGCUCAGCUACAGCCGCCUCUUGAUCCCGGCGGUCAAUACUGUGCUCACAGAAAGUGGACUUCUGCCGCAGGACGACUAAGAGCAGAUUCUGUUCGUGUCAUAUGUGGGUGUGGGUGUAUGUGCGUCUCCAAAAAUAAGAACCGAGGUGUGAUAAGCUGACGUGAUUCGUAUUGCUAACCUGCUAACCUGUUAUGACACAUUUAUGAGCUACUUUUUCUUUUCCUUUUUACUUUAAACCUCUUGAUCACUUUUGUCAUAUUUGAAUAAAACCUCUGAAUAAAGUCCUUUUUCAGAGGCUUUAAAGUGCAAAGCAAAAUUAUGAAGUUCACAUUUUCUGAACUAAAGAUUAACUAAUUUUAAUCUUUUAACAUGUUUUUUUACUGGCAGCUUCAGUUUCAAAACAGCUGACAGGAUACACUGGACUGUAAUUACAGCUUGUAAUUAAAGCUUCAGACUGGAAACUAUUCUGAUUUUCACAGUUCUUUUAAAUAACUGAAAUUUAAUUUUAGUUUCCACUAAGAGUGUAUUUGUCAUGUAAGAGCAGAAUGUUAACUUGUUAGUUUAAAUGUUAAGGCAGCAAAGCAACACUUUGAUAUGUAUUUCAUGCAAAUAAAAGCGGCUGAUUCUUAAUUCAUUUUUAAUUAUAAAGAGUUAUUGAUUAUGAGCUACAUUUUGAGAGACAUUUUGGAGUAUUUUUGUGACCGUCUGCUGUGCACACAUUCAUACAGAUAUAAUAAUAUUUUUACAAUAAUAAAAAUCUAAUUCUCUACUUAAAGAGCAUGGAGUCUCCAACUGCGACCAUCUCGAACCACUUAAGACGAGUUACAGAGUAUUUCAUCCAUAUUUCUCUUGAUUUGCUUCUGACUCAACUGUGAAUGUGUUGCAGUACCACAGGGCGACCACUGGAUGGCACUGAACGUUAAUGUUCGCGUCAACUGUCGGCCCCACGCGUCAAGACAAUCUUUCAAAAUAAAACAACCCAAAGCAACAAGAGUCUUUUGUUUGUUUGUGUUUUGCAUGUUCUUUCAAAACUAAGUGCGCAACAUUAACACUGAAAUGACAACACAACAAUAGUAAUCCAACAUAAACUGAUAUCCUGAUAGUUCA